AUGAAGGUUCUGGAGACAAGAGAUGCGUUUUUGUCAGAUUAUGAAGUGCUACAACAUUUGUCGAAGAUGGAGAGACAAUACCAUUGGGAUGAUGAGUCUAUAGCGGAGAUGAGCACGAAAAAAAGGCAUAUGCACCGCAAGAGACCUUACAACAACCCAGCACUGCAAAGGAUUACGCGAGAUGUGAUAGAUUACUUAAAGAUGAACAAAUACGACGUGGCACAGGAGGAAGAAGAAGACGUUAAGAAGAUGUCCCCACUCUGCAACCUCAAUGACGAUAAAUUUACUGAACUUGUCAUGAGACUUAACCAGUACGAGCUUUUUCAAGCAGAGAAAUUACAGAUAGUAAACCAGCUGCCUGUGCAAAUGGUCCACCUAUACGCCAUAGUCGAGGAGUGUGACACCCGAUUCACCCAGGAGCAAAUUGACGCACUACUGCAACUAGUGGCAGAGUACGUGUGA